GGUGGUCUCAUCCAGCCACCCUGAUAAUAGCCGUUCAGAAUAAAUAUUAAAUAGCAGUUUUGGUCAGGGGGUGGUAGGGUUGGGGAGAAUUCUUGGGAUUAAGGAUAUGUGUGGCUGCUGGCUGGAGAACACAGAUUUCUUGGUGGGAGCGGGGCUAUCAGUCUCCAAGGUGGACCAAAGAGGCCCAGCUGAUCUCAACUAGAUCUACUCUGGCUUUCUCCGUCCCCUUCUCAACGGUGUCUUGCUUGGUUCACGCCUCUGGUACUUGCUAGAAAGAACCUCCCGGCCGCGUGGUUUGGGGCCAACCCUCGAAAGGGUAUGGUUCCGCGGUGGUUCACCUGUUCUCUCAGCCACCGCGCCGAGAUUGCCCGGCAGAGGGCGACAGACCUCCACCUUUGGGAGGUGGGGUAAUAGGUAAGCGGCACCGCUAUUCCCCAAUCUGCACACAGACAGGCUUCCAGACGGCCAGACCGGGUAGGCAAACACCACCCCCAUGCCGAGAUCUUCCCAGGUACCACCGACUCUACAUUAUGGGGGGAAACUGAGGUCAGAGCGGAAUUCCCCAAGACCACGCAGUUGAGGCGGGACAAAGCUGGGGGGCUUUCCCCAGAGCUUGAGACCAAAGGCUCCUCGAACCCGCGUGCUGGGUGGACAAUCCUCCAAUCAAAGAGUCUAUCCGAUGGAGAAGGCCGAAUCGGCCAAUCAGAGGGUCCUUGCCGGAAGACAGAGUCUGCCAAUCAAGAGUGCCGGCGGGGAGGGGCGGAAGCGGUCAGAUCUUACUGGUGGGGGCCGAGCUGUGAGAUGGGAGCGACGCUUGCUGCUGAGCACUCCGUUUGUCAGUUGCCUCAGUUUCCCUGUGAAUAAGAGAAGACUGGGCCGAGACCCUAGCAGGAAGUCAAAUUGAGGCUGGGAGGUCGGCCUGGUUGGCUGCCUGGCGGAGGCGGUGUCGGUUUGGGGGCGGGGUAUCUCCUGGCCCCGCCCCCAGUACCCGCCCCCAAUAGCUCAACCCCAGUUCUCUGCCGCGCGCGCUGCCGCCAGUGCUGCCGGCUCCCGGCUAUGGACACCCCUGGGGCCCCGGCCCCGACCGCCACCCCGGCCCCAGGCAGGAAGGAGCUGAAGAUCGUGAUCGUGGGCGACGGCGGCUGUGGCAAGACUUCGCUGCUCAUGGUGUACAGCCAGGGCUCCUUCCCCGAGCACUACGCCCCAUCCGUGUUCGAGAAGUAUACAGCCAGCGUGACAGUGGGCAGUAAGGAGGUGACCCUGAACCUCUACGACACCGCCGGGCAGGAAGAUUAUGACCGGCUGCGGCCCCUGUCCUACCAGAACACCCACCUCGUGCUCAUCUGCUAUGAUGUCAUGAACCCCACCAGCUAUGACAAUGUCCUCAUCAAGUGGUUCCCUGAGGUCACGCAUUUCUGCCGUGGGACCCCCAUGGUGCUCAUCGGCUGCAAGACUGACCUGAGGAAGGACAAGGAGCAGCUGCGCAAGCUGCGGGCGGCCCAGCUGGAGCCCAUCACCUACACGCAGGGCCAGAGCGCCUGUGAGCAGAUCCGAGCUGCCCUCUACCUGGAAUGUUCCGCCAAGUUUCGGGAGAACGUGGAGGACGUCUUCCGAGAGGCCGCCAAGGUGGCCCUCAGUGCUCUGAAGAAAGCGCAGCGGCAGAAACACCCCCGGCUGUGCCUGCUGCUUUGACACCCCCGGCGGGGCACUCAGCCCUCACGACAGACAGAACCGAUGGGCCCGGGGCCUCAGGCCCAGACUGCUCCCCAGGUCCUGCCCCCUUCCCAGCUCUCGAAGGGCACGUGGAGUCGGGGGUUUCCAGGGCCUGGUGUCUGGAGCCUGUGUCUAGGCUCUUAGAACAUUCUGGAACUCUUUUCCCAGCUGGGGCUUUGACUGUGAGCUGCCCUCUGGGCUCACACAGGAGCUGUGGCCUGCGUGGUGGUGGUGAUGGGUGAGGAUGCUGGACUCGGUCCCUCUGUACCCUGGAACCAGCCUUUGUCCCCAGGACUCAGGAAUGCUCUUGACACAACCUCCCCCGAGCUGUGCGUCCCUUCUGCACACCCAGUAGGUCCUCAAAGCCCAUGCUUGAAAAACAUCUGGUAUUUGGGUAAACACAGACGUGGCAGCGUUCCGCAUGGCCCCCAAGCCUGCUCUCCCAAGUCACCCGCCGCCCUGGACUCCAGAGAUAGGCAUGGCUACAUCCUCCAGCUUCUUGCUUCCUCCCCCCAGGAACUCGGGCGCCGUGACGGGCCGGGGCCUAUCAGGAGAACACAGGCAGCAGCCCCGGAUGUGGGGGCCUGGCACCAGCCCCCCCGCCCCUCCGCCCCACACAGCCUGCAGCUUGGCCACCAUCUUUGCAUUGCUGGGCGCACAUGAAGGCGGGGAGGACCUCUCAGAAAGAAGUAUUCCCUGAACCAUCCACCUGCCCCCAACUACUUGCCAGAAACUCGAGAUGAAAAGUGACCUUGGGCAAGUCAGGUCUCUCUAUAGACUGUUUAUCUGCAAAAGGAUGUCACUGGCUUAGUCACCAAGCUCCCCUCUGUCCCUGAGAGCCUCCACUUCUGCCAAGAUGUGGAGAUCUGGAGUCAAGGCCAUCCUGGCCUCCUGCGAGAACAGACUUGAUCAACCCCCAGUGCAGAUUCACUGAACCUUCUGGAGGGUCAGGGGUCUAGGAGUUAAACAAGUGCCCCAGGUGAUUCUGAUGCCCUGGAGAUUGAGAGCUGCUGGCUCCUGAGUGAGCCCAGGAAUCCGUGUUAACCUAAGAUGAGAUAAUGGCUUCAGGUAUCUCCUGCCUCAAACCCUCUCCCUCACCCAGUGCUUCGGCCCCACAGG